AUGAGAUUGACCCUGAGCAUCGCAGCCUUCACUCUCAUCACCUCGGUGACUGCCCGUCCGUCCCACCACAUCAUUCCACGAGGCGAGCCGCAGUUUCCGCUGCUCGAUCCUGGGAUGACGAUCAAAGAAGCUGCACGCAAAUGUGGCGACGAAGCGCAGCUCUCCUGCUGCGGCCGAGUCGUCAAAGGUGACGAUCGAACCUCGGUCGACGAGGGAAUUGGCUCUGGACUUUUGAGCAACCUCGCCGGGGGUGGUUCAGGAGUCAGCGGCAUUUUGGCUUUUGAUCAAUGUUCCAAGUUGGAUGCUCAAAUUGCUGUGAUUAUUCUACCUAUCCAAGAUGUGCUCAACCAGCACUGCAAGCAGAAUGUGGCUUGUUGCCAGAGAAAUCCCGCUGAUUCGUCUUCAUCUGGCGUCGCUGCCAGUCUGCCGUGCAUUGCUUUGGGAUCCGUUGCGUAA